CUCUCUGGGAUGUUCAGCAGAGGCGCACAAGGAGAUUAAGUCAGCGCGAUAUUUUCUUUUCUGCAACAAACCUAGUCCUUUUUGCGCAAACCAAUCCGAUCGACAGAUUUGAUACAAUGCAGAAUUCUGUAUGCUGUUGAUAUUUUUUUACCUGGUAUGGCUAAUUUCGGGGCUAUAGUUCUGUACUUGCUGCAUUUUUUCGUUUAUUUCAGCAACGGGCAGCCACAUGCGCGCGAGCGGGUCGGACCAUGGACUCAAAGGAUUCAGUGGGAAAACAACGGUCGCGUGUACAGUUUAUUGAGCACGGGUUCCCAAUAUCGGCCACCGGAGCAGACAAGAAGGCCCUCCCGCGUGUACCUGAGCGCUAAACGUGAAAGCACCGGGCACCUUCUGUCUGUUCCGCCGUUAAGUCCUUCUCGAGGUAGAGAUUUGAAUUUAGGAGCUGCUGAACCCAGUGUGACUGGUUCUAACGUUGUGGGUCCUAAAAGAGUCCAGCCAAGUAUAUCCGAUUCUAAUGCCGUAGUUUUGGGGGUUGAUCCUGGGCAGUAUAUAAUCGCCACUCGCAGCGCAUCGGUCGCGAGGCGCCGCAGUCACCCUCUCACUUCGCCACAGCGCGAAGAAGCAGAUGAGUCCCCUGUUGCCGUUCAGGUUGCGUUCGGCACUGUCUCCAGUAGGAAUUUCACGGCAGCAGAGGCGGCUGUAGAAUUCUCGGGAGACACGCACGCUCGGGAUCGUGAUAGUGCUCUCGCGCUGGGCAGGACCACUCCGACAGUGGGCAGUGAUGAGAAGCAGGAACGAGUAGGCAGACGGGCAACUGUUCCCGGGGGAUCUAGAUCGGCAUUCCGUGACAGUAAAGAAGAUAGGAACUCACUGGCAAAUCCGUUGCAAGUUUCUGCACCAGUUAGAGCACUGAGGGACGAUAUAUCUCGGAAUGGCACUGGCAGUAGCAACACUGCAUUAUCUGUACAGGAGGGAGAGCGCGAUCCACUCGACUCUUCAAAAAAUCACAGAAACACGGUUUUCUACAACGUUUAUGAGAAUAACAGAAGAACUCCGGCGCGGACACACCGUCUGCCUGGCUCCGGGCACGGCGCCGGGUACUACCAUCAUGGACUGCCGGACCUCGUUCCCGAUCCUUACUACAUCCAAGCGUCCACUUACAUUCAGCGCGUGCAGAUGUACGCGCUCAGGUGCGCAGCGGAGGAAAACUGUCUAGCCAGGUCUGCAUACCGGCCUGGGGUCAGUGACCUGGAGUACCGGGUUCUGCUCAGGUUCCCUCAGAGAGUUAAAAACCAGGGAACAGCUGACUUCCUGCCACUCAAACCCCAACACCUGUGGGAGUGGCACAGCUGUCACCAACAUUACCACAGCAUGGACGCCUUCAGUGACUAUGACCUGCUGGAGGAGUCCUCCGGCCGUAAGGUGGCCGAGGGGCACAAAGCCAGCUUCUGCCUGGAGGACACGGCCUGUGACCCAGGCACUCGCCGGAGAUACGCCUGCACCUCCCACACACAGGGAUUAAGUCCUGGUUGCUAUGAUAUCUACCAUGCCAACAUUGACUGUCAGUGGAUCGACAUCACUGAUGUGCCACCUGGAAGCUACAUACUUCAGGUCACAGUGAACCCCAGUUUCCAGGUGCAGGAGGCAGAUUAUUCCAACAACGUGGUGAGGUGUCAGAUCACCUACACAGGUGCAUUUGUGCAAACGCACAACUGCAGGAUAACACGGUGAGGAAUUUGAAACAUCCUGAUAAGCUGUAAGACUCUCAGCUCUGCCAUCCUCCACGCUGGUGAGGAGCUGGAGUCCUUUCCUCACCAGUCCUGCAUGCUCCAUACUGCCUGAACUUCAGGACUUUGAUCAUUAUUAGUUCUUUUGUUUUUUAAUAGUGUGUAUGUAUUUAUGCUGCAUAUUAAUUUCGCUACCGUAAUAAAGAGAAGAGCUGUGUGAGAGGUUAAUGCUGAAUGACUGUGGACUGUGAUAUUCUUUGCCUCAGUGCAACAUAACACUUCCCCUCAAGCUCUUUUCUUUUCUAUGUCUGAUUAGCUGCUCAGUUUCUGUCAUUUCUUACUGGUACUACCUGAUUUAAUAAAGGCAGAUAUUCCUUGUUUUGUUGCCUUUAAAGCAUUUUGAGAGUAUUGGAAUUAACAAAGAAAGUUACUGUGGUAGAAUAUUUUUAAAAUUUACAUGUGAAAAAAUUAUGCCUGGGUGUAUUAGAGUGUAGUAGAGGUCAAACUCAGAACUGAAUGAUUCCCAAAACAUUCUGAACAACUGUUUCAUAGGGAUGUAUAUCUGUGCAUGUGUGCUGUAAGGAUGUAAAAAAAUAAUUUCUUUACACACCAAACUGAAGCCAUGAAUUAUGUGACAGUCACUAUUCAUAAUGUUAAACAGUCAUUUAAUCCUUUAAUGUAAAUCCCUUUUGGAGUAUCUUUGUUUUUCUGUGUUUUUUAUACAUGUAAUAUAUUGACCUGAUUUGUAGAACGAAAGAUGGCUGGUUUUCUAUCACUGAUUUCACAAUAAAAAUGAAGGCAAAU